CUGGCACUCGGGGCCUUCUGCAAGUGGCACCAGCGGCACCAUGAAGGCUCGCUUCAUUCUCCUCUUCCUUGUGGGGCUCCUCUUCGCCUGGGCUGAGCUGCCAUCGGCAACUGGACAAACAGAUAUCUGCUGCCUCUCUAUACCGCCUGGUCGUUGCCUGGCUCACUUUCACCACUGGUUCUACGACUCGAGGACCCAGAGUUGUAUCGAAGUUAGCUACAGCGGCUGCAGAGCAAGUCGAAAUAAUUUCCCGAGUCUUGAAGCGUGUCAACGCAGAUGCAGCGGUCAUGUGUGUACCACGACACGUCUUAGAGGGUGUCCCAAACCCUCCGGCUCUGGGAUCUGCGUGGAAGAAUGCAGCAGUGAUGCCUCUUGUGGCCCGGGGAAAAAGUGCUGCAGCAAUGGCUGUGGCCACGUGUGCAUGAAGGUCACUGGAGGGAUUGGCUAACCUGGAGUCCAGCGAGGAAGAGCCUCUCCGCAGGACGUCUCACC